GCAUGAUUGAAUUAAGAACAUCAUAAAAUGACUCCGUGAACAACGGAACAUCACUCAUCAGUCGAAGCCUCGACAGAAGCGAAGUUGCUUUCCCCUGCAAAAAUCAAGUUGAGAAAAAAAGGUAAGUUUCUGAUCUACAAGUGCUCGUGCAAGUAUACCUUUCGUUUUUUGAAAAUGCAAAAGCUGAUCAGAGAGAUGAAACUAAAAUAAUGAAUACAUAGAUUUACCAGCAAGAGGAAUCUCUGUCGCAUCUAUCAUGCUGACAGUAUUUUCUUUAAACUGUCUCUGACAUUAUGUUUUUCAGAAUUGCGGAACAUCCAUGGCAGACAACGCAUCAGUAGUAUUAUUGCAUGCAGAUGAAAACUAUCAGCCCCCACCGCCUAAGGUAAAUACAUAUGUGAAAUAAUAUCCUUUCGAUGAAGGCCAUGUAGAAGAAUUCUUAGCUUUACCUGGAAAUAUUUGAUUGAAACAACUUGUGUUGCAAUGCAAAAUGAUGGUGAACCUUAUGUAGCUGAUUUUACAGUUUUUUCUUAAAUUGAAUCAGCUCCUGAGAAAGAUCAAAAGUCGUGUUUUAAUCAAUCAAUCAAUCAAUCAAUAGACUUAAUUUUAAAAGGGAAGCCUUCGACAGUAGUACAGUGAAACUGAUGACCCUGUGGCUCUCUGUAAGAUAAAAGUUAAAAGUUAAAAAUGAACGAUGAUCUACACUAGAAAUGUUACAUUCUGCAAAAUGAAGUAAAAAAAUAACUUUAGGUUCUAUAUCUCUAUAUAUAUGCAUACAGCACUAUUUAGAGCCAUUUUAAAAAGUAAAUCAGUAAAUUGCUUUAAUUCAUAAAGAAGCUAAGAUGACGUGUCGAAGAUGUUAAUUUCUUUCUGUCUCUCUAAAAGAGUGUUAUCAAUCGCUUUUUAAAACUUUUUGGGUCCUUAGCGAUUUUUAUAUAGGUUAUUCCAGUCUUUAAUUGAUAUAAACGAGAAUGAUCGCUCUGCUUCAGAAGAAUUGGUGUAUAUGAAGAAUUGGUGUAUAUUGGGCAGCAUAGAUUUGAUUUGCCAUAGCGUGUAUUUUUGGAGUGGACAUCAAAAUUCAGUUGAAGCAUAGAUUUCAGUUAAUCAGGUGUUUUUCCAACAGUCACAUGCAAAGACCUUUCUUGUUCAAUCAUUCACAAAUUGUGUGUCGGAUUCCCACCGCCCCCCCGCCCCCCCCAAAAAAAAAAACAGCUAAUCAAGAAGGUUUAAGUCCAAACUUAUGUAUUCAAUUUGUUUUCUUAACAUAGGCAGUGAAAGAGGACACACCGGACUUGACAGCAAUUGGCCUCUCUACUGGAGCAAGGUCUCUUAAAGUUGGAAAGUCUGCAGGAGAUUGGCAUGUUUUCACAGAAGUUAACUACGCAGGGGAUCGUGGACGCGUGAACCAGGGUUUAAACUACCGUAACCCCCAAGAAAUGGAUCUUCCCCGUGAUAAACCUGUCAUGAGCUUGAAACGGGCUGACUCGUGACG